AUGGCUAAUAAUUCUGGGAGAGCAAGAGGAAGACCAUUUAAACCAAAAGAGCCAUACACACAGCGUUUGCGUAAAAUUCUUGAAGAAUAUCCUGAUGGUUCACAAAUCCUUCGUGAAAUACUUCAAAAUUCUGACGAUGCAAAGAGCUCUCAACAAAUUUUUAUUUUGGAUCAUAAUACCUAUUCGUCAAAUAAAUUAUUCGAACCGGAAUUGGUGAACGGUUACAACAGAACAAAUUUGAAACUUGACAGAUAUCAAGGUCCCGCAUUAUUGGCAUUAAAUAAUACUAUUUUUGAAGAAAGGGAUUUUCAAUCUUUGUUGAAAUUGGCUGAUAGUGAAAAACGAGAUCAAUUCGAUAAAAUCGGAGUAAUGGGAGUCGGUUUUAAUUCAAUUUAUCAUAUUACCGAUUCGCCUUCUUUCAUUACCGGUGAUAAAUUCGUUAUUCUUGAUCCGCAUGAAUGGUACUUUGGUGGUGGCGUUCAAUUCGAUUUUGUUGAAGAUAAUUUGCAACAAAGAUAUCCCGAUCAGUUUGCUCCUUUUGUAAUUCCAUCAAUUAAUCUCUCGUAUAACGAUUCAUAUGAUGGAACUAUAUUUCGGUAUCCUCUCCGUACUAAACAAGAUUCUAUUGAUUCGGAUAUCUCUAAGAAAGUUUAUAGCCCUAAUGAAAUAUUAGAAACAUUUUAUAACUUUUACAAAAACGAACGUACUAAUUGUAUAUUAUUUUUAAAAUAUAUUGAAACGAUUACUUUUUUUGAAUUAAAAGAAGGCGCUGCUGAACCCGACUUUCUAUUUACAAUUGAACUGACUAAUGCUAAUGAAGUAAGAGAACAACGCCGUCUUAUAGCGGAGAAUAUUGUACCAAUGAUGAAUUCAUUAACUUCCAAACAAAGUAAUAAGGAAGUGGUGACAUCUUAUGUUGCAUCAUUCCGUCGUCAAAGAGGGAUUUCCGAAAUUCCCGAUGAGAACAGCUCAUGGCUGAUUUUGAAUUAUCUUGAUGAUUUGCAAGAAACCGAAAGUCAUUUUAAAAACAAGUUCAAAAAAAAUAUAGCAGACUAUAAGUUUAUCCCAAACGUCGGCUUGGCCAUUAAUUUGAAUGAUUUAAAUGCUGUGGGAAGAUUAUUUUGCUUCUUACCCCUUCCAAUUUCCACGCCUUUUUCUGUUUCUGUGAAUGGAUAUUUCGCGCCUCAAGAUUGUUAUUGUCAAAGAGAUAAAAAUUUGGUUUGUUUUAUCGCUCCAAUAUUUGAGCAGAACGCAAAGAACGAGGAAUUCUCGAAGCUUUUGAAAUGGAAAACGUAUCCUGAAGCGAAAAUGGUUCUAAAACAGUUGGAAUCAUGCUACGAUUGUACAUCAAACGAGCGACCAUCAAACCUUAAAGAGGUUUGCUUCGCAAUUUACGAAUAUAUGAAUAAAAUGUAUCGAGCAGGUGAUGGAGUAUUUGAACUUUUGAAGGAAUCCUUGGAAAAUAUUCCGUGGAUUUUGUGUGGGAAAACAUUUUAUUGCGCUGAUCAAAUUGUCUUUAAGCUUCCUCAUCAAAGUAAAUUAGAUAGUAAUGAUUUCUCGGUCGUUGAAUUUCCCGCAGAAUAUCCAAGUAAACUUGUGUCUUUUUUUAAAGCGAUGGGAGUUCGUGAUGUUAUUGGAGUCAAAGAUCUUAUUUUGAUCAUUAAGGACAAGUCAAUGGGAAAUUUGGAUAGAGAGUUAUCGACGAACGAAAUCAAGGAAAUUAUUCAAAUUCUUGAGCAGAUCGCAACAAUACAACAGAAUGCCAGGAAAGAACGAAAACCAAAAUUACAGCAUGAUAGUUCCAAAACAACUUUAUUGUCUGAUGAGAUGGAUGAUUGGCAAGGUCCGUCAAUAUGGAUAUAUAAUGAUGCCGAAUUUUCUGACCAUGACUUUAUGGCUUUGAUUAAACUCGGAGUUGGAGGAAAAUCUCAUGAUAACACCAAGAUUGGAAGAUUUGGAAUAGGUUUCAAUAGUUCUUUCCAUGUUACAGAUUUACCAAGCAUUGUGAGUGGAAAAUAUAUUGCAUUUUUAGAUCCAAAUGCUAAAUUUCUUCCAGCAAAAAAGUAUAGAGGUACUCGAUUUAAUUUUAUUGAAAUGGAAUUUAAUAAAAGAAUUCCAGAUCAAUGCUUUCCUUAUAAAGCAUUAGAAGAUUGCGGUUUUAUAAAAGAUUGCAGUUUUACAAAAGAAUUCAAAGGGACAUUGUUUAGGCUUCCACUUAGAACCCACAAAUUGGCGGAAAUGAGUGAAAUUUCAAAUCGAGUUAUCGAAAUUAAAGACAUCUUGAAAAUUUUUGAAAAUGUUCAGGGUAGUAAAGAGAUGCUCUUCUUAAGGAACAUAGAAUCAUGCAGUCUGUAUCAUAUUGACAAAGGAGGACAAGCUCCUCAAAUGAAAUGGCAGGCGCAGAUUGAUAAUAUGUCAGAAUCAAUUCGUGACAUUCGUAAAAGUGUAAUUGUUCAGGAGCAAACAUAUCAAUUAGAGAUUGAAAGAACUAAUGAAGAUAACAGGAAAUCUUCGGAAAUAUGGCUUUUGUGUAAUGGAGAACAAGAGAGAGUCAAACCGGAAUUUGAACAAUUUUCAAGUGAAAAACGACUCAGGCUUUCAAAUCCUCCAGCUCUGGACGGCGAAAUGUUUUCUUAUUUACCUCUAUCAGUAGGUACUAAUUUGGGGGUCCAUUUAAAUGGAAACUUUUCUUUGUCUAGCGCGAGAAGUAAUAUUCUACACGAUUUUCUGGAAGCUGAUAGUGAUGAUGCAAGUGCAAAUGAAUUAUAUGACAAGAAUGUUCCUAUAUUUCUAAGUAUUUUUGAAGAUAGCGACAAAUUUUUACCAGUAGAAUUAUUACAAGAUUCCAUUCAUUUAGAACGCCUUGUAAGGAUUGGUCUUAAGCGUCAAAUAAAUUAUAAUACAUUCAUUGAAUGUACACAAGAGAUUAUCCUACAGAUCAGCAAUAAUACGGGUUCGGUUAGAGAUCGAGCGAAAGUAUUAGUACGAUAUUUAUACGAACAUAUCGACAAUUUACGUUUCAACAAUGAACAAUGGGACAAUAUUCUGGAGAUCAAAUUCGUCCCAUCAGAGGCAAAGAUCUGCUAUACCAGAGAACAUCAACGAGACGACCUUGAACGACAGAUCGAAAAUCUUCAACAGCACUACUCAGAAUACGAAAUUGUUGCCCUUCUGAAACGAAUACACAAAGGAGAAAUCAAGGAAGUGGUGGUUACCCGAAAGCUUGUGGAAUGGAUCUUUGAGAAAAAUGGCACUCAGCUCGUAGUACUCAGUACGGAUGUCAGUGCCAAAAGUAGUGAAGCCGGAAAACUCGCAGAAGACUUGCUCUCAAUCGUCACAGCCCAAGAAGAUCAAGAUACCAGUAGGCAAAACGCAACGUAUCCGUCUCUUUUCUACGCAAGAAGAGAAAUUGAAACUCAAACGCUAGAUGGGAACAGCACGAUAGACUUACAAUCAGUGUCUCGUAGCAGUCGAAAAGAGGGGAUGAACGAUUUACUUAAAGCAUAUUCAACAAAUUUUGCUGCAAAACAGAUGAAAUUUAAGAUAAAAUUUUGCUCUAAGAACGAUCGACAACAAUCUAUUGCAGUUCUAUCGAAACAUUAG